CCGUUCGGGGGGCGAAGAAUUGCGCACAGCAACCAACGUGUCAGGGAAGGAAUUGAGGCGAGCGAGAGAGAACCCCACAUCACAUGGCGAACGGCGUGGGCUCGGCGAAGGCGGAGAUCUGCGCCGGGCUGGGCAUGCCGAUGGCGGAGCUGGAGCAGGUGUUCCGGCGCUACGACGCCAACGGCGACGGCAAGAUCUCGGCGGACGAGCUGGCGUCCGUGCUGCGCGCGCUGGGCGCGCCCCCGGGGCCAGGGGAGGUGCAGAGCAUGAUGGAGGAGAUGGACGCCGACAGGGACGGCUUCGUCGACCUCCACGAGUUCGCCGCCUUUCACUGCGGCCCCUGCAAGGGCAGCGCGGCCGCAGACGCCAAGGAGCAGGAGGCCGCCACGGAGGCGGAGCUCAAGGAGGCCUUCCGGAUGUACGACGCCGACCGCAACGGGCUCAUCUCCGCGCGGGAGCUUCACCGUGUGCUCCGCCAGCUCGGGGAGAAGUGCUCCGUUGCUGACUGCUCGCGCAUGAUUCGAUCCGUCGACGCCGACGGCGACGGCAGCGUCAACUUCGAGGAAUUCAAGAAGAUGAUGGGCAGCGGAGGUAGGAGCUAGGUUGGUAAGGGCCGGCCAUCAGCAAACAAUGUUGCAUCUACAUGCCUCGUUGAGGGUUUUGUUCCUCCAUGGUGCUUAAUUUAAUUUAUAAUUAAUCUCAAAGUGAAAGGCUUAGGCUCCCCGUAAUGCGAAUACUGAUGAUGAUGCGGGUGAAGUGAUUAAUUAUGUAAAGCUAAUCUGCUAGUAGUACUACUAAUGAUGAUGGGUGUACUAAGAAAUUUGGUUUGGGAUUGUUUGCAAUGAAUUAGAACUCGUUUGAAACUCUUUGUUUUUCUGUUUGAAACUCAUGCAGAAACAAUAACUAUAUUGUAAUGGUUGUGAAAAUCGGGCCCGCAAGUUCUUGGGGAUGUCGUUGAAUCUGUA